AGGCAACUAUUGCCAAACAAAUUUAUUUAUUUGCAGUCGUGAAUAUCCAUAUGGGACUUUUUCGACAGAAUACCGACAUGGAUAACUGGAAGAUAACCGCGGAGGAGCUUGUCCGUCUGCGGGAAACUUGCUUGCAGUGCAUCCGUGAUGGAGAACUCUAUGAACUUCGCAACGAUGCCAAACUCAGGGCUGUUUAUAGCACCCAGAGCUACGACGAAUUCAAGAACAUAGUGGAUGCGGCCCACCUUCGUCCAGUGACCAAGAGCGACAAGGCCAACUUCCAGACCAAGAACCGACUAUGGAACUCCGCGGCCCGGGAUUAAUUCGUUAACAACGCAAUAAAGUUAAAAGACAACCAUUAUA